CCGUACCGCUGGCCAGGCCACUUCCGGCAGCGCGAUGGCUGGGUUCCCGGGACUCGAGCGGAAGUUCCGGCGGGGGCGGCCGAGGGGGAAGAGUGUGUGCCUGUGCGGGAGAAAGAGGAGACUCGCCCGAGAGGUCUCGGAAGCCCCAGGGAGUGGAGGCCCCAGCCGUGGAGCCUGCAGUGUAUGUGUGGUAACACCAUGUCUGUGCCCCUGCUCACCGAUGCUGCCACCGUGUCUGGAGCUGAGCGGGAAACGGCCGCGGUUAUUUUUUUACAUGGACUUGGAGACACAGGGCACAGCUGGGCUGACGCCCUCUCCACCAUCCGGCUCCCUCACGUCAAGUACAUCUGUCCCCAUGCACCCCGGAUCCCUGUGACUCUCAACAUGAAGAUGGUGAUGCCCUCCUGGUUUGACCUGAUGGGGCUAAGUCCAGAUGCCCCAGAGGACGAGGCUGGCAUCAAGAAGGCAGCAGAGAACAUCAAGGCCUUGAUCGAGCAUGAGAUGAAGAAUGGGAUCCCUGCCAACCGAAUUGUCCUGGGAGGCUUUUCACAGGGUGGGGCCCUGUCCCUCUACACGGCCCUUACCUGUCCCCACCCUCUGGCUGGCAUCGUGGCAUUGAGCUGUUGGCUGCCUCUGCACCGGGCCUUCCCCCAGGCAGCCAAUGGCAGCGCCAAGGACCUGGCCAUCCUUCAGUGCCAUGGGGAGCUGGACCCCAUGGUUCCAGUACGGUUUGGGGCCCUGACGGCUGAGAAGCUCCGGUCCGUUGUCACACCUGCCAGGGUCCAGUUCAAGACUUACCCAGGUGUCAUGCACAGCUCCUGUCCUCAGGAGAUGGCAGCGGUGAAGGAGUUUCUUGAGAAGCUGCUGCCUCCUGUCUAACCAGAGUCGCUGGCCUCCAGCGCACUCCCCCAGCUCCUGGGGACCCAGCACGCACGGCACCAUCUUGGAUCUGAGCCGGUCGAGCCCCUGUCCCCACCAUCCCUGACCUGUCCUCUUCCCAUAGCCUCUGGGGCAGGCGGGCCAAGGCCUGACCAGGCCUCAGCCCCCUGGCUGUCUGCAGCAGGGGGUGGGCCGCCCUUCUCCCGUGUCCCUGGAGGCGGGGCCCCCCUGGCAGCAGUAUUGGAGGGGCUGUAGGCAGCGGGAGAAAGGGGCCCAAGCCGCUGACCCACUCACUCAGGACCUCACUCACUAGCCCCGCUUUGGGCCCCCUCCUGUGACCUCAGGGUUUGGCCCAUGGGGCCCUUCCAGGCCCCACCCACCACUCCUCCCCCAAGUGAUUCUGCCCAGAUAAUCGUUUGUCUCUCCUGCCCUCCAGCUGCUUCUCAAUCAUGAAUGUGUCCAUGGCCCUGGGCCCUCGUGCUGCUGUGGGCUACCUGUCCCUCGGCAGGGGUGUUGGGGAGGGGGCAGUCCUUCCAGGGGGGCCUUCCCUCAGCCUCUCCAACGUGGGGGUGGGCCCUGCCUCCCCCUCCCCCCCAGCUCCCCACAGGCCUGGAGCCUGCUGGGCUGGACUGAGGCUCAAGGUCUCCCCCAGCUGUCCCGCCCCCCAACGUCCCCACUCUAGGGCCAGGGGGGAGGUGGGGGAGGAGUUGUGUCUCGUCUUCUGUCUCCAUGUGGUUUUGGGUGUUUUUCUUGUUGUGUCCUGGAUUCCGAUAAAAUUAAAUUGCUUCAGAUCUCA